GAGAGGAAGAGAAAGAGAGAGGGAGGAAGAGACGGAGGGAGCAGAGGAGUAUAAGACUUAUAGGGUCUCUCAUCUGUUAUAAGGAAGUGUACAGUUUCUUAUAGGGCUGAAUUGAAACAACUUCAGCUGUUUGCUUUUAGGAUGUCUCGCCGCAAGCAAGCGAAACCGAGAUCACUCAAAGUAGAAGAAAAUGAGGCAGAGGACCAUCAGGAGGGUGUAGGACAGACGGCCACACAGUCUGACCCCAACUGUAAAUUAGAAGACAAGACAGAAGAUGGAGAUGCAUUAGAUUGUAAGAAAAGGCCAGAAGAUGGGGAGGAGUUAGAGGAAGAAGCUGUGCACAGCUGUGACAGCUGCCUCCAGGUGUUUGAGUCACUGAGCGAUAUCACAGAACACAAGAUUAAUCAAUGUCAACUGACAGAUGGAGUGGAUGUUGAAGAUGACCCUUCCUGUUCUUGGCCAGCAUCCUCACCUUCUAGCAAGGACCAGACUUCCCCCAGCCAUGGAGAAGGUUGCGAUUUUGGAGAAGAAGAAGGUGGCCCAGGACUACCCUACCCAUGCCAGUUUUGUGACAAGUCCUUCAGUCGCCUCAGCUACUUAAAACACCAUGAGCAGAGUCAUAGUGACAAGCUGCCCUUUAAGUGUACCUAUUGUAGUAGACUGUUUAAACAUAAGCGGAGCAGAGACCGCCAUAUAAAACUCCACACAGGAGAUAAGAAAUAUCAUUGUAGUGAGUGUGAUGCAGCAUUCUCUAGAAGUGAUCACCUGAAAAUUCACUUAAAGACUCACACGUCCAACAAGCCAUAUAAGUGUGCCAUUUGUCGACGUGGAUUCCUCUCCUCAAGUUCACUCCAUGGUCACAUGCAGGUUCAUGAGAGGAACAAAGAUGGCUCCCAGCCAGGCUCCAGGAUGGAGGAUUGGAAAAUGAAGGACACCCAAAAAUGUAGCCAGUGUGAGGAAGGCUUUGACUUUCCUGAGGAUCUCCAGAAGCACAUUGCAGAGUGCCACCCUGAGUGUUCCCCAAAUGAAGAUAGAGCUGCCCUCCAAUGCGUUUACUGCCACGAGCUUUUUGUAGAGGAGACUUCACUUCUGAACCACAUGGAACAGGUGCACAGUGGUGAGAAGAAGAAUUCAUGCAGUAUUUGCUCGGAGAGCUUUCACACAGUUGAGGAACUCUAUAGUCACAUGGAUAGUCACCAGCAGCCUGAGUCGUGUAACCACAGCAAUAGUCCUUCUUUGGUCACUGUGGGGUACACCUCAGUAUCUAGCACUACCCCAGAUUCUAACCUCUCAGUGGACAGUUCUACAAUGGUAGAAGCAGCCCCACCCCUCCCAAAGAGCCGUGGGAGAAAGCGAGCUGCCCAGCAAGCCUCGGAUAUUACUGGUCCCUCCAGUAAGCAAGCAAAAGUUACUUACAGCUGCAUCUACUGCAAUAAACAAUUAUUUUCAAGUCUUGCAGUACUGCAGAUUCACCUAAAAACUAUGCAUUUAGAUAAACCUGAGCAGGCUCAUAUUUGUCAGUAUUGCUUAGAAGUGUUACCCUCCCUCUACAACCUGAAUGAACAUCUUAAACAAGUCCACGAAGCUCAGGACCCAGCUCUGAUUGUUUCAGCCAUGCCCGCCAUGGUCUACCAGUGCAACUUCUGUUCUGAAGUGUUUAAUGACCUCAAUACUCUCCAGGAACAUAUCCGAUGUUCUCAUGGAUUUGCAAAUCCUGCUGCUAAGGAUAGUAAUGCAUUCUUUUGUCCUCAUUGCUAUAUGGGGUUUCUUACUGAUUCUUCCUUAGAAGAGCACAUAAGACAGGUCCAUUGUGACCUUAGCAGUUCUCGUUUUGGUUCCCCGGUGCUUGGAACACCAAAAGAUCCUGUUGUGGAAGUGUAUUCUUGUUCCUACUGUACAAAUUCUCCAAUAUUCAACAGUGUUCUCAAAUUGAACAAACAUAUUAAAGAAAACCAUAAAAAUAUUCCUUUGGCACUGAAUUAUAUUCACAAUGGAAAGAAAUCCAGAGCUCUGAGUCCCCUCUCUCCUGUUACACUAGAGCAGACAUCUUUAAAGAUGAUGCAGGCAGUGGGUGGGGCUCCUCAGCGUCCAACAGGGGAAUACAUUUGUAACCAGUGUGGAGCAAAAUACACUUCCCUGGAUAGUUUUCAGACUCAUUUAAAAACUCAUCUCGACACUGUGUUGCCUAAACUGACCUGUCCUCAAUGCAACAAGGAGUUUCCAAAUCAGGAAUCUCUGCUGAAGCACGUCACCAUCCAUUUCAUGAUCACCUCAACGUAUUAUAUCUGUGAAAGCUGUGACAAACAGUUCACAUCUGUGGAUGACCUCCAGAAGCACCUACUAGAUAUGCACACCUUUGUCUUUUUCCGUUGCACCCUCUGUCAAGAGGUUUUUGACUCCAAAGUGUCCAUUCAGCUUCACUUGGCUGUGAAACACAGUAAUGAAAAAAAAGUCUACAGGUGUACAUCCUGCAACUGGGACUUCCGCAAUGAGACUGACCUCCAACUUCACGUCAAACACAACCAUCUGGAGAAUCAAGGGAAGGUGCACAAGUGUAUUUUCUGUGGUGAGUCUUUUGGGACUGAGGUGGAACUCCAGUGCCACAUCACAACCCACAGCAAGAAGUACAAUUGCAAGUUUUGCAGCAAAGCGUUCCAUGCCAUCAUUUUGCUAGAGAAGCACUUGAGGGAAAAGCAUUGUGUCUUUGAAACAAAAACUCCCAACUGUGGAACCAAUGGAGCUUCUGAACAAGUACAGAAAGAGGAGGUAGAACUCCAGACUUUGCUGACCAACAGUCAGGAGUCCCACAAUAGCCACGAUGGGAGUGAAGAAGAUGUGGAUACAUCUGAGCCCAUGUAUGGAUGUGAUAUCUGUGGUGCUGCUUACACCAUGGAGACUCUGCUGCAGAAUCACCAGCUUCGAGACCACAACAUUAGACCUGGAGAAAGUGCCAUAGUCAAGAAAAAAGCAGAGCUCAUUAAAGGGAAUUACAAGUGCAAUGUCUGCUCUCGAACAUUCUUCUCGGAGAAUGGCCUCCGUGAACAUAUGCAGACCCACUUGGGGCCAGUGAAACAUUACAUGUGCCCUAUCUGUGGAGAACGGUUUCCUUCCCUUCUGACUCUCACUGAACACAAAGUUACACAUAGUAAGAGUCUGGAUACUGGAAACUGCCGCAUUUGCAAGAUGCCCCUCCAAAGCGAGGAAGAAUUUUUAGAGCAUUGCCAAAUGCACCCUGAUCUAAGAAAUUCCUUGACAGGAUUUCGUUGUGUGGUGUGCAUGCAGACAGUGACCUCUACCUUGGAACUUAAAAUCCAUGGGACAUUCCACAUGCAAAAAACAGGGAAUGGGUCAGCAGUACAGACCACAGGGCGUGCUCAGCAUCUCCAAAAACUGUACAAGUGUGCUUCUUGCCUAAAGGAGUUCCGCUCAAAGCAAGAUCUAGUGAAGCUUGAUAUCAAUGGUCUGCCAUAUGGUCUGUGUGCUGGCUGUGUGAACCUCAGUAAGAGUGGUAGCCCCAACAUCAGCAUCCCUUCCAGCAGUAGUAGACCAGGCUUGGGCCAGAAUGAGAACUUGGGUUCCAUUGAGAGUAAAAACAAGGCAGGGGGACUGAAGACUCGUUGCUCUAGUUGCAAUGUUAAAUUUGAAUCUGAAAGUGAACUUCAGAAUCACAUCCAGUCCAUCCACAGAGAACUUGUUCCAGAUAGCAACAAUACACAGUUGAAAACACCCCAAGUAUCACCAAUGCCCAGAAUCAGUCCUUCUCAGUCGGAUGAGAAGAAGACCUAUCAAUGCAUCAAGUGUCAGAUGGUUUUCUACAAUGAAUGGGAUAUUCAGGUUCAUGUUGCAAAUCACAUGAUUGCCAGUGACCACAGCUUCCCUUCAAACUGCACAGAGACACAUCUCAUCUGCAAAACAGGGCUUACUGAUCUUAUUUACUAUUUGUAUUCUGGUAAGAAGAGAAAGUAGGAUUUAUUAUGAUUGGGGGGAAAAUACAUAUUGCUUUGAGUUUGUGUGUCUCUGUACCAUAUAUCCAUACACGUGGAGAAUUUAAUAUGAAAGAAUGCAUAAAAAAGACACGUGGCAUCUAUUCAGUGAAAGAGAGAGGAAAGGAGAAAGGAAGAGCAGUAUAGAGGGGUAUGGUAUAGGCAGAGGUGUACUUAAUAUGCAUAGCUUGAUGUAUGUUGACCUCAGGUUACAAGAGUAGAAAAUCCCAUUUUCCAGCUUGUUUCAAAUGUAGUAAAAAUGCUGCUUCAGUUGCUUUAUGCUACUCACAUUGGGAAAGGUGCUUAUACUGUGAUAAUUAUCAUCAAGGAAUAUUAAUGCGUUCAGCAUUUGUAACCCAAAAACUCAUUAUAGCUUAAGCUGUGCAUCAUCUGUGAAGAGAGAACUUUGCCAGAAUUCACUCUUCACAGGGGUUGCCUCCCGCUUGCGGUGGAGUGGUCAGAGUAUUGUAAGAGGUCACUUAGGCUAUUUUUGAAAGCUGAAGUUUUGCAGUUUUUGAAUCACUACCUUCUGUCUAAAUAGCUUAUCAUUCUUGCCUCAAAAUGUGCUCCUUUUAAUGGAAUGUAUGAUGAAGUGCGAAAAAAUAAAAGAUAACUGUGCAUUAUUAUGGAGAAUAUAAGAAGGUUAGCUCAGGAAUCCCAUGUCAAGAUAAUAACAGUUUCAGGGUCUUUUCUCUUGUCAUUGAGGAAUAGGUUUUGUAUGCACAACUUUCAGAGUAGAUGCCCUUGGGUUUCAGAUGGAAGCACCUCUACAGGGAAUUUACUCCACAGCCCUUUGGCUAGAAAUGGUUUCAAUAAGACUUCAAAGUCCAUUUUCCUUUGUCAGUAUUAAUUUCCAAUAUCCAUUGUAUGCAAUCAGGUGAGCAUGGGCUAGUCCUGAAACAAUUUGCCCCAAACAGUAACUAUCUAAUAGAUAAAUGUUUAAUUUUUAAAAGUCUUCCUAUUUUGUAAUGUUGGGAAUUGUAGUACUAUUUUUAACAUUUCUAGGAAGUAAAAAUUGGUUAACUUAAUGGGACAGACAGAGCUGAUUGUUGAGUUCUAUAGUCAAUAAGUUGAUUUUGAAAAGAAUAUUGAACCUUUAUCCAUGGUAAUCCAAAUAAUAGUUGGAACUAAACUGCAUCUGUGUGUGUGUGUGUGUGUGUGUGUGUGUGUGUGUGUGUGUUGUUUUUAUGUGAUUAAAUCAUAGCAUUUUUCCCUCUGAUCCAUUGCUUGUCAUCUCCCAUAAGUAAUAUUUCUGUACGGUGGAUAUUAUAACUUAUGUUAUGCUUACCAGAGAACACUAAUACUCUAUUCUAUCAGGCUUCCUUGCUUUGUAGCACUGCUGUGCUUCUGAGGUCAAAUUGUGAACCUGCCCUUGCUCCUGAGAGGACUAGAAAAAUCUGUUUCAUAACUUUCCAUAGACUUAAGAGAAGAGUCAGAAGAAAAAACACGAAACUUAUAGGCCCAGUUUAGAUCAGCUAUAAACUUGGGAAUCGUCGAACAGAACACUUGCUGUUACUCUGGUUUUCUUACCAUGAGGGGUCACUGGUGGUGGUUGCAAGCUCAGUAAUGACAAAAGGCUUCAGGGGAUCAGGUAAUCAUUCAAAUAGCUCAACAGACACAGACAUACAAGUAUCUGAGUUGAUAAUCUGGACUAAACUUGAAGAAACAGGAACUUACUUGAUUGUUAAAAUCACUUACAUGAAAGAAUAAGGUAGAAAGGAUGAGCACUGUGAAUUUGGUGAGGAUAUUGCAGGCUUGUUCCACUGAAAGCAAUUUGUUUCUCUAAUGGGACACAGCCUUUAUUUUAUGCAGCAGAGCACUAAUGCUGCAAAAUGGAUGGAUGUCCUGAACCAGAGAUAGAUUCUCAAUAGUUUUGAGCUGGAAUACUGACAGAAUGGUUUGGGAGAUACAGCAGUGGCAGAUCCUCCGUGCGGAGGUAAACUUAAUAAUCUUUAUGAAUUUUGAGUAACUCAUAACUCCACUUCUCUGCCAAAGAAACAUUAUGAAAAGAUUGCUUUUAAAUCCUUUUGCUGUUCUCUGUACUUGUGAUAGAUGUCCUCCUCUUUACCUUGAGGCGUUGGAAAUGAAUGUGUGUUUUUGGAGAGAGAUAAGAAUGUAGACUUUAGAAGGAGCAAAUUGCAUUUUCAUGUUUAAGUUCACUAUUUGCACUUGAUAUGGUAAAAUCCAAAUGUGAAGGAUUGCUUUCGACAUUAUUUCUGUGUCUUCUCUAUUCCAAGACCUCUCUGCCUUAUUAUGCUAAAAUGGACCAUCACAUGUGAUCAGUGUGAUGCUGAAUGCCUGGAAAUAAUGCAAGAUUGCCAUCUAUGACCAAGCUGUAGUCAGAUUCCUAUAACUUUCUCAGUUAAAAAAAUUACUAUGCAUUUAUAAAAUCCUUAGUAAUUAUUCAGAAAGAAACAAAUUUAGAGUGGGGAGGACAUCCCUCACCCUCAACAUAAUCAUCACAUUUUGUCUUUUCCUUACAGAAAAAGAAUGUUUAAAUUUUUUUUUCUCGUUGAAAUUAUAUUCUUUCUCACUGUUAUAUGUGUGUAUAUGUGUAUGCACUGCUGUGCUUCUGAGGUUAAAUUGUGAACCUGGCCUUCCUCCUGAGAGAACUAGAAAAAUCUGUUUCAUAACUUUCUAAUUUCUAGAUUUUUGGAUAAUUUCUAAACUCUAAUCUAGAUUCUCUCAAACCAUGGGUUUUGUCUUUUUGUCUUUUUUCCCCUUUUCUUUCUUUCCUUUCUUCAU